CCCCGCGGGCCGGGGCGGCGGGCGGGGCGGCAGCGUGCGCAGCCGGACGGGCUUCUGGGUCGCACGCGUCCUUCCCCCGCGGGACCGCGCGCGACUUGGCCGCGACCGGAAGCCUCAGCAUGCUGAUCCCAUUUUCAAUGAAGAAUUGCUUCCAGUUACUUUGUAACCUCAAGGUCCCAGCAGCUGGUUUUAAAGACACAGUUAAAAGUGGGCUCAUUUUACAGUCAGUUUCCAAUGAUGUUUACCAAAACCUGGCUGUAGAAGACUGGAUCCAUGACCAUAUGAAUUUAGAAGCCAAGCCGGUUCUUUUCUUUUGGAGGAAUUCUCCCUCUGUUGUAAUUGGUCGGCAUCAGAACCCUUGGCAGGAAUGUAACCUGAAUCUGAUGAGAGAAGAAGGUGUAAAACUAGCUCGGAGGAGAAGUGGAGGAGGAACAGUCUACCAUGAUAUGGGUAACAUCAACUUGACUUUUUUUACAACCAAAAAAAAGUACGAUAGGAUGGAAAAUCUAAAAUUAGUUGUUAAAGCUCUGAAGGCUGUCCAGCCGCAGCUGGAUGUGCGGGCUACCAAAAGGUUCGACCUUUUACUUGAUGGACAGUUUAAAAUCUCAGGAACAGCUUCCAAGAUUGGCAAGGCUGCUGCUUAUCACCACUGCACUUUGCUAUGCAGUACCGAUGGGACCUUCUUGUCAUCUUUGCUGAAGAGCCCUUACCAAGGGAUCAGGACCACUGCCACCGCGAGCACACCUGCCUUAGUAAAAAAUCUUAUGGAAAAAGAUCCCACUCUGACCUGUGAAGCAGUGAUAAAUGCUAUUGCCACAGAGUAUGCUACAUCUCAUCAAAUCGAUGAUCACAUUCACCUAAUAAACCCAACAGACGAGACACUGUUUCCUGGAAUAAACAGCAUAGCCAAAGAACUACAGACCUGGGAGUGGAUAUAUGGCAAAACUCCAAAGUUCAGUGUAAACACUUCCUUCAAUGUGUUAUAUGAACAUUCACACUUGGAAGUUAAAGUAUUCAUAGACAUAAAGAAUGGAAGAAUUGAAAUCUGUAAUAUUGAAGCACCUGACCAUUGGUUGCCGCUGGAAAUACGUGACAAGUUAAAUUCAGGUUUUAUUGGUAGUAAAUUUUGCCCAAUUGAAACGACUAUGCUUACAAGUGUAUUACGUAGAACAUGUCCAGAAGAUGACGAGCUACACGGUAAAUGGAAUAUGCUCUGUGAAAAAAUUAAGGGAAUAAUGUGAUUCCAAGUAAAUUUCUUAACAUUGACAGUUUCAAUGAGAAAAUUAAAAAUGUUUACAGUACAUUGUAUGUCUCUUAAAAUAAGAAAGACCUCGUCUCCUUCAGUAACUUCUCCCUAUUUGAAAUUGUCUAUCACCUAUCCUAGUCCAUAUUUCCCAUUGACCUCUAAGAUACUCUCUCUCUGUCUUUAUUGAUUUUAAUACCUGGCUGCAUUUGUAUUUCACCUCCUUCCUCUGUUACCAUCUUGGGGUUGUAUACCAUAUUGGACACUCUGACCUCAGAGUUAGUUCUCUUUCUUACUGCUAGGGAAUAUAACCCCAGCUUCUUGCCACCUCUGAUACCUUAAACUCUAAAAUUCUCCCGUUUUCGUUGUUUCCUUAUCCUUCCAUCCUCUCCCAUUAAACCCAGCUUAUUGCACUUUUCUAAGCCAAUAACUUUUCCUCAAGUCUCUUGCUUCAACUCCAUUUCUUACCAGCAUUCUCAUUUGUUUCUCUUGACCUAUCAUAGCCACCCUUUUUUUUUCCCAACAAUUGAUUUCCACUCCUAUACCCAGAUGGCAGGCAAUGCUAGAAGAAAAUUCACAUAAUCUAUAGUUUUCAACUUGUAUUUCUUUGUUCUGUUGGUGCCAGAUUCGACUCACCUGUUGACUCCCCCUCAUUCUUCAGAGGCCUUAUUCGUAAAUGUUCCCACUUUUCCUAAGCUCAGAAUUCCAUUACUCUUAAUCUGGUCACAAACCUUGAUUUAUAAUUUGAGAGUGGAGGCUUUCAGAAAUGAGCUCCUUCAGUGCUCCCGUGUUCUCUACUUCAACUUUUCUCAUUUCAUUCAAUCUCGAAGAAUUGGCUUGAGAAUUGGCUUGUGGCUUUUUCCUCUCCAGCCUGUUUGUCUGUGCUUUGUAUUGUACUAUCAGUUAUUUAUCUCCUUUAUCUUGCCUAAGUCUCUC